CACUUUUGUUGUUUGCUUUCUGACUUGAUUGCUUAGGAUGCGUGUCUAUCCUUUUCUAGAAUGAUGCCUCCCAUGAGGCUUGCACGUCUGCAUCAUCCCGCCCCGUGCGUCCUUCGAACCUCCCCGGCAGCGCAGCGGGCGACGCUCAAGACGCAUGCGGCGCCCGCACCCUUCCCCGUGAUCCCUACGUGUCCCGACCCGACAUGCCCUUGCUCCUCGAUGCCCGCGGGCCUGGACAUAGACCGCAAGGCUCACCUCAGCGGCACCAUGUCGGCUCACUCGCAACACCUGAUCGUCUCGACCGGGCGGUCCGAUUGGACGAGCAGGAUAGAAAACGAGAGGGACACGGCGGUUUGGGGGAGAUUCACGGCCGACGUAAAGUCCAUGAUGGGGAGAAGAGGCGAAUUCUUUGAUCCGUACCACAACGAUGUCAUGGUCAGCACAUCGUCUUUCGCCCCUCUAGAAGUCGCCGAACGGGAGGCCGAACUACAAAGAUCCAGCGGAACACCGACGGCCACAAGCGUCCAGGCUCAAAAGACCGUCGAUGCCAUAUUGUUUCCGGCAUUCAAACACUUUCGAGGUCUCAGCACCAAGAACUCCGACGAUGGACAAGGCAAAACCAACGGCGACAGCAACAACGCCCGAACGUUGAUCAAAUCCUUUCUCCUACCCGAAAAAGAUAAACUCAACGCCGUUCACAACCACCUCUCAGAGUCUGAACGGGGAGCAAAGUCCCGCGACCCGUCACUCGCCUCCUCGCUGGAUGCGUCGACCGUACAAACCCCCACGAUCUUGAUCUGUAGUCACGGCCAGAGGGACCAUAGGUGCGGCGUCCUAGGUCCUCUCCUUCACGACGAGUUUGCAAGGUACAUUUCUUGUCGCGAUCCAAUCUUCGAAGGUGGAAUGGGUGUGAAACUCGAAGCUGUAAAGGGUGCCUUUGUGUCGUCGUCGCUGUCGUCGUCGGCCUCGACUUCCACUUCUUCAUCUUCUUCUACCAAUAUCCAAAAAGUCCCGGUCAACAUCGGUAUGAUUUCACACGUCGGGGGGCACAAAUGGGCCGGGAACGUCAUCAUCUACGUCCCACCUGGAGCGCGGCAGUUUCUAUACUCUCCUGGAGCCGCCGACGCGGUAGCAGUACCACCGAUACGACACCCUCUGGCCGGCGAGGGUAUAUGGUACGGCCGGGUCGAACCGAAACACGUCGAGGGGAUCAUAGAACAGACCCUCUUGAGAGGUAACGUCAUCCGGGACCUCUUCCGAGGUGGACUUUCUGCCUACGGCGACGUGUUGAGGCUGUGAUAUUCGAGGGAGAGGGACCCCCGAAGAUUCCUAACUUCCCCGAUAUGAUUGACAGUUACCACCAGUCCCCGCCACUCAGGCGAAAAGGAGGGACGGCGGUCAAGUCGGUCACGUCGCAUUUCAAAAUGUCUCAUAUGAAGAAAUAAAUGCCCUGUACAAGUACAAAAAAACAACCCAACUCCCUUGCCCGUUGGAGAGGCACACGAACAAAAUCAACACUGGAAGACAACGUAGACACCCAGAGAGAAAAGCGCGAGCCAAGCACAAAGUAUAUUCAAGUAUGUUCAAAAACGACUAUAUACAAUGCAGCUCAUUUACUUAGAUAUUCUUUUCAUUCAUAUUCA